AAUGAUAUAUAAAAAGUGAAAGAAUGGCGAUUGUAAAAAAUUGUGGACGUCAGAUCAUUUUACUUAUCAAUGGAUUAUUUGGGCUCGUUGGACUUCUUUGUUUUGUGGGAGGGAUGUUUGUGAAAUACGGAUCUGAUGACCUCAAAUCCAUGUUACCAGACUUGAUGAAUGAACUCGUAAAAAAGAUAGACCCAAUCUUAAAAGCCACCCAUAAAUCAUCGUCAGAUUUUCUGGAUAACCUUGACCUAGAGAAGUUGCUAGGCGACGCUGCUGUUGUUUUUAUUGUGUUUGGUGCUAUUUUGCUCUUCAUUGUCUUCUGGGGUUGCUAUGGUAUCAGCUGCAAAUCCAAGUGUGCCCUUUAUAUGUAUGGCCUACUGCUCGUCCUUAUUUUGAUUGGUCAGAUUGUUUGUGCUGUACUGGUCACUAAGAAAAGAAACUUGAUCGAUGACAACCUAAAACCACAACUACGGAGCUCCUUAAAGUCCUAUUACCUCGGUGACCACGCUAUGGAUGCUAUCAGUGUACUCUGGAAUGCCAUCAUGUUAAAGUUUUCCUGUUGUGGAAUUGAGAGCUAUGAGGAUUUUACUGGCGGAGUAUGGAAUAGAACACCUACAGCUGAUAUUGUCCAUGCAGGUGAACAACUGGACACGCCCCUAAUGUGCUGCACAGACGCUGAGAGGUCAAAGGCGGUGACGAAUUGGUGGAUGUGUGCAACGCAACCUUUAAUGCAGCAAAAAUCAAAUUUCGGGAAAGGUUGUUAUGAUGAAGUAUGGAGGUAUCUAGAGAAGUAUGUCAACAUCGUCGUGGGGUGUGUCGGUGGCCUUAUAGGACUGGAGCUUUUGCUUGCUUUCCUAGCGAUAUACAUCGCCAAGAGUAUGGACAAAAAGAAUAAAGUGGACUCGGAGAAAGGCAGAAAGAGAAAGAAAUAAAUUUUACUUUGUGCAUGUGCUUUCUUUGAUAUAAAUGUAUGUGUAACUUAAAACUACAGUUAGAGAAAUAUGAUUCCAAAUAACCAACAUUGGAUGAAUUCUCUAAAAUGACUUUCAAAAAGAAC